AGUAAUCAAUCAAUUAUUUCAGAGAUAAAACUAAAAAUUCCCUAUAAUCAGAAAGUAGAACGGGAAUUAAGACGUGAAAUAUUUGUUUACGACCAAGACAAUAGCAAUAAAAUUAAUACACCUUAUAUACAGAUCAGACAAAGUUUGUGUAUUCCGAAUAUUGUAUCUGAUAAUACAUUUGACGUACAAAUUCCUGAUUUUUCUCUAGAGACGAUUUUAACAGGAUCUAAUAAAGUCACGGCUCAAAAUAUAUUAUGUAAUAGGUAUAAGAAAAAAACUGGACUCGAUCCUUGGAUAAACUCUGAAACUUCUGAAUUCUCACAAAUCGAAAAGACCGAUAAUUACUUUUCACAGGAUCGUGUUAUCAAGAUUUCUAAAUUUCCGGAAGAGAAAGAUAUAAUUAUUGAAAUAGUACAGAAGCGAUUUCCUUUCCUGUCUUAUACUAAUUCGAAUGCAUGGUACCGAGAUGUUUUUAAAUAUACUGAUUCAGAAGCUAAAUGUCCAAUAUGCAAAGAGGUACAUACACGAUAUUGUAUAUGGGGUGAUUGGAACUGUCUAGGUAAAGAUGAUCAUUAUUAUCUCAAUUGUUCAUUUCGUAUCGAUCAAAAGAAAGUUAUAAUCGCCAUACAGAGCUUACCGGAAAUUCAAGUAAGUGUACCUAACAAAACCUGCCUUUAUCAGCUAGAGGCUAGCUUACGCCAAUAUGCCAUUGAACAUGGAAUGGAUCCCGAGAAAUUUUCAGUAAUUACAGAGGCUGAGAAAAAAAUGACCAUUUAG